AUGACUCUAAAGGGACACUGCCUCUGCGGCGCCGUGACAUAUACCAUCGAUGUCGACAAGCCCCUCCUUACGGGCUAUGAUCAUUGCGAUGACUGUCAACGCCAAACCGGGUCUUCCUACUCCCUGGUAGCAGUCGUCCCCAAAUCCGCCCUCCAAAUCAACGGCCCCACCAAAUCCUGGGCCGGCAAAGGCUCCUCCGGUAAAGCCGUGCAUCGCAUCUUCUGCUCUGAAUGCGGUUCACCCAUUGCGCACGACCCGGAUUCUGCGCCGGAAAUCAUUGCUAUCAAAGCUGGCACUCUGGAUAGUGAGAUCAAGAAGACUCUCCAACCUGAUACCGAGAUCUGGACAGUGGGAAAAUUGCCGUUUGUUAAGGAGAGUUUGCCUAAUGCGUUUGAGUAUAUGCCUUCUUAGUUUAUCUCUACGAUAGGAGAGAAACGGUGAAUGAAUGAAUGAAUGAAUUCUAUUGAGAACGCCGUCGUACAUAUUAUCAAAUCUUCCCGCUGCGUAUACCGAGUAAAUAAAUAGAGAAAUGAAGUAGACCAAAAAAGAAAGAACGAGACUCCGAAGGAAAGAUCGUGAUCGAACAAGGCUGACGGUUUACAUGAAUAUAAAUGCAAAGAAACGAAGGAAAGAAAAUAUCGUACAACAAAGAUAUCCUCGGCAGAAAGAUUAAAGGUAAAAAAAAGAAUAAACAAACACAAAAAUAGUAAAAGCCGUCGCAAAUGUAUACUCCAAUUCAAACCAAGCCUCUUGGCCCGCAAAAGCGAUCUUUUUACUUUGAGGCGUUGGAUGCGCAACCCCGGUUUUGGGAUCGCGUUGGAGUAAUUCUUCGCGAUCGGGCAUUGAGGGUGGAUCAAUUGCGUAUGCGAUCGGGGUCCAGAGGGAGGUAAUCACAAACAGGAACGUCAAUGGAGGCCAGAAGGCGUGGGUGAUCAGACAGAGAAAGACGUUUUUGAAGUUGUUGGGAUUUUCUUGGAAGAAGCAUCGAUACGACGAGAGACACACGGCGACGAUGGUGAGGUAGACGAAUGCGAGAUGGAACAGGGCCAUGUAAUUCAUCAAUAUCGUCCAGAGACGACGCACCAUUCCCUUUCGGCGUUUGGGGUCGCGUUCUUCCAGAGCUGAUCCCAACGAGCCAGUUGGUUUGAAGGCUUGGGUCUGUCCGCCGAGCCAUUUGGGGAGGAAGAAGGAUCGGAUAAUGCACAGGGCGAGAUAGGGUGACAUCCACAUACCGUAUCGAGAACCUCGUUGACCGGUGUGGUAGCCGGCGGGAAUAAACAAGGCAAACUCGCAGAGACGGUUGCUCAUGGUUGAUGCAAAACACGCCCAGACGAGCCAUUUGAGUUGCUCCAUAUUAGCGUAAGCAACGAGUGGUCGGCCCCAAAUCAGGAUGAUCGGAAUGGCGAAGAGAGACGCCGUUAGCAGAAUAGUAUACAAACUCAGCGUAGCGUACAGAAAACCUGAGAAUCUUUGGGCAAAGGUCAUUUGUUUAAUGGCAUCCCCCCAUAGACAAAACUUGAGUUUGAACGCGGUAUCGACUGUACCAAUAGCCCAUCGAGUACGCUGCUUCAAAUGACCGCCGUAAUCUUCCGGAACGGUACCAAACUGCAACGCCUCGUGGAUGUACGCUGUCUUCCAUCCUUUGCCCAACAUCAAAGUCGAGGUUGCCACAUCUUCAGCCAAGGAGCCAAGAGGAAAUUGACCGAUAUCGUCUAGGGCUUCUCGCCGGACGACGUAUCCAGACCCA